CGUCAUUUGAAUUAUAAACAUAUUACGCGCGCCUUUCGCUUUAAGGGUACAGUUGGCGCGAGAGGAGUGAAAGACAUUUUGAAGUAUGGACGUGCGGCUUACUCAAGGGGCUAUUGAGGCCAUUGCAAAGGGAAACCAGUUGCAAAACCCCAUACUCCAAGUUGUUAGCACAAGGCGCAUUGAGAGUGCAAAUGGACCACCUCGGUAUCGUCUGCUAAUGAGUGAUGGUGUUCACUCGUUAUCCUCUUUUAUGUUGGGAACACAAUUAAAUAGUUUGCUGGAGGAAGAAUUGAUUGCUGUGAAUUGCAUUUGCCUCAUCAAAAAACAAGUAAUAAACACAUUGAAAGAUGGAAGACGGGUUGUGAUAAUUUUAGAUUUGGAUGUCGUGAAAACCGGAGAUGUGACUGGCAGGAUUGGAGAUCCUGUGCCUUAUACUGAAGGUCAAUCACAGAUGUCCUCUACAAAUGUGAAUAAUCCAACGUCAAAACCUCUUCAACAGCGUAAUUCAUAUGCUUCUGAGGCAUCUACGAAUAGGGUUCCAGCCAAAGAGGUUGCAAAGCCGAAAGCAAUUGGGGCCCCACCCAAUACUCCUGGUGGCUCACAGUCUAAAGUUGUGCCAAUUGCUGGCCUCAACCCAUAUCAGUCCAAAUGGACUAUCAGAGCCAGAGUGACUAAUAAGAGUGCAAUCCGAUCUUGGAGUAACUCUAGAGGGGAUGGCAAGCUGUUCUCCAUGGAAGUAGUUGAUGAAAGUGGAGAGAUCAGAAUAACUGGUUUCAAUGAGCAAGUUGAUAAGUUCUUCUCUCUAAUUGAAAUUAAUAAGGUUUACUACAUCUCCAAGGGUACUUUGAAGAUUGCUAAUAAACAGUACACAUCAGUAAAAAAUGAUUAUGAAAUGACGCUUAACAAUGAAACAUCAAUUGUUCCAUGUGAUGAUGCUAUGGAUGUUCCCAUGGUACAGUUUGAGUUCAUUCCUAUUGGAGAAUUGGAAAAUAAAGAAAAAGACUCAGUAGUUGAUAUCAUUGGAGUCUGUAAAAGUUAUGACGAUGUUACGAAAAUUACAACAAAAUCAUCACGAGAGGUGUCCAAGAGGGCAAUCCAUCUGAUAGACCGAACUGGGAAAGUUAUCACAACAACACUGUGGGGUGAAGAGGCUGAGAGGUUUGAUGGCUCAAGCCAGCCAGUUGUAGCAAUUAAAGGUGCACGUUUGUCAGAUUUUGGGGGUCGAUCCCUCUCGGUGCUCUUUUCUAGCACUCUUCUUAUGAACCCUGACAUCCCAGAGGCUUUCAAACUCCGUGGGUGGUUUGACUCAGAGGGUCAUGCUUUAGAAGGCACAUCUAUGUCAGAAUCCAGAAGUGGAACCACAGCAGGUGGAAGUUCAAACUGGAAAUCACUAAUGGAGGUGAAGUCAGAAAACCUUGGUCAUGGAGAAAAGGCUGAUUAUUACACAUCUGUUGCCACUGUAAUGUACCUACGGAAGGAAAACUGCUUAUAUCAAGCCUGUCCCACUCAAGAUUGCAACAAGAAAGUAGUCGACCAGCAGAAUGGCUUCUACCGCUGUGAAAAGUGUGACAAAGAGUUCCCCAAUUUUAAGUACCGUCUAAUUCUUUCUGCCAACAUUGCUGAUUUUGGUGAUAAUCAGUGGGUCACUUGUUUCCAAGAAGCUGCAGAGGCCAUUUUGGGACAGAAUGCUGCCUACUUGGGAGAAUUGAGGGACUCUAAUGAGCAAGCCUUUGAGGAAGUCUUCCAAAAUGCAAACUUCAGAACAUAUAUUUUCCGGAACAGAGUGAAACUGGAAACCUAUAAUGAUGAGUCUCGAAUUAAAGCAACAGUCUUGGAUGUGAAACCAAUUGACCAUAAAGAAUACAGCAAACGGCUGAUUAUGAACAUCCGAAAGUUAGCAGUGUAGUAGAGUGGUGCAGCUACUGUGCAGGGUGUGUAUGUAUGUAUGUCUUCGGUCUUUGUGUGAAUUGAGGCUCUCCCUUUGUGCUUGAGAUGGGGGGGACUAAUAUUGGAGUAUGCGAGUGAAAUUACACUUAGAUGGACUAAGUGCAUAUUAAAAUUCUGAUUUGUAUCACUAAUGUCAUCUAAAUGUUAUCACAGUUGCCAUUUGAAGCACUUCUUUAGAUUUUUAUUUUUUCUUUCUACCCCUACUCCAUCUUUAGUUUCAAUGUGCAUAGGUUUGCUUUACCUUUUCUGCCCAUGUAAUGUAUAGUUUGUACAUGUUAAGCAAUAAUAAAGUAAAAAUGCCCUCUA